AUGGGACUUGAAACUGUGAACAAUUUUUCUUAUCCAUUCCUGGCAUUAAACACCAUGUACGAAUUGAAGCUGAAACAAAUUUACAGCUACAUUGUAGAUGAUUUUUCUCAACAUAAAUCUUCAGUUAAUGAAGAAAUUAUUUUAAAACUUCUUAAAAUUAGCAAAUGCACAAAAUCAAUCAAACAAACUAAAUUUCAUUCUACAAAUGUUUCCGAUAAAUGUUUAUCAUUUGUAUUUCAUCUUACAAUGUUGCCAAUAAUAAAACCAAAACAUCUCAUUAAUUGGAAUGUUUAA